AUGUUUUGUUUCAUCGGCGUUUUUCAUAUGAUAAUGGUAGCUGUAAUUUUCCUCGUCCACGAAUAUUUCUUCACCGGUCCUUCUUCCUUUGUUGUUUCUUUUUCUCGACUUCUUUUUUGGCAUCUUCCUUUUUUAGCCUUCUUCCUUUGUUGUUUCUUUUUCUCGACUUCUUUUUUGGCUUCUUCCUUUUUUAGCCUUCUUCCUUUGUUCAUUCUUCCUUUGUUGUUUCUUUUCUCGACUUCUUUUUUGGCAUCUUCCUUUUUUAGCCUUCUUCCUUUGUUCCUUCUUCCUUUGUUGUUUCUUUUUCUCGACUUCUUUUUUUUGCAUCUUCCUUUUUUAGCCUUCUUCCUUUGUUGUUUCUUUUUCUCGACUUCUUUUUUUUGGCAUCUUCCCUUUUUAGCCUUCUUCCAUUGUUCCUUCUUCCUUUGUUGUUUCUUUUUCUCGACUUCUUUUUUUCAUCUUCCUUUUUUAGCCUUCUUCCUUUGUUGUUUCUUUUUCUCGACUUCUUUUUUUCAUCUUCCUUUUUUAGCCUUCUUCCUUUGUUGUUUCUUUUUCUCGACUUCUUUUUUUUCAUCUUCCUUUUUUAGCCUUCUUCCGUUGUUGUUUCUUUUUCUUACAUUCUUCUUUUGUCAAUUUCCUUUUUUCAGCCUUCUUCAUUUAUGUUUUUCUAGCCUUCUUUUUUGUCAUCUUCCUUUUUCAGCCUUCUUCAUUUAUUGUUUCUUUUUCUCGACUUCUUUUUUGGCAUCUUCCUUUUUCAGCCUUCAUUAUUGUUUCUUUUUCUUUCACUUUUCAGCCUUCUUCAUUUAUUCUUUCUUUUUCUCUUCUUUUUUUUUACUUCUUGCUUUAUUGCCAUCCUUAUUUUAUCGUCUUUCUUUUAAUGACGUUUCUAUUAGUACAAUCUUCCAUUUUAGUCUUCUACAUUUUUAUCGUAUUCUUUUUUAUCUUCAUACUUCUUUCUAUUCUUUCUUUUUAUUGUCUCGUCUUCUUUCUUGUCUAUCUUUUCUUGUAUUCUUUUUUGUCGUCUUCAUUUGUUAUUGUCUUCUUUCUUGUCGUCCGCCUUUACCUCAUAUUCUCCAUCUUCUUUUUUACCGUCAUCCAUUUUUUUUCUCGUUUUUUUAUGUCAUCUUGCUUUUUUAUCAACCUUUUAAUUUUGUCGUCUUCCUUUUUACCCUUGUCUUUUUUUUUUCGACUUUCUUUAUCUUAUUUUUUACGUUAAUCUCCUUUUAUUUUUUGCCGCCUCCUUUUCUCAUCAUUUAUUUGUUUCCUUUAUUUUAUCAACUUUCUUUUGCGUCUUUUUCCUUUUGCUUAUCUUCUUUUUUUUUCGCCUUCUUCUUUUUCCCCUUUUCGUUUGAAACAUCUAUCUAUCUAUCUAUCUCUCCCCAUCUCUCCCCUCUCUCUCUCUCUCUCUCUCUCUCUCUCUCUCUCUCUCUCUCUCUCUCUCGUUAA